AUGUCCUUCCUAAGGUUACCAACCAUUGGCAAGGCUACCAAGAGAAGGCGGCUGUAUGAUACUGGGCUGAUAGCAAGGGCAUACAAAGAUGUAGUCUCUUCUGGGAUGUCUGUGUACAAGGCAGCCAGGUUAUAUGGUAUACCAGAGUCCACUCUGCGUGAUAGAACCCUUGGACUCCAGCCAGUGACAGGAGAGAAAGAAAAUCUACCCAGCAGUGGUCCGCCUCCAACAUUUACUGCCCAGGAGGAGCAGAAACUAGAAGGAAGAAACAGUGAUCCAGAUUUUGCAGCAUCAUGGUACAAGGGAUUCAAAAGACGGAACCCAGAUGUAACUUUAGCCAAACCCCAGAAAUUGUCUGUGCUUAGAGCAAAGUGUACCUCAGAUAAGACCAUGGACAAGUAUUUUUGUGAACUGGCGAAAGUGUUGAAGAAGCAUGACCUUGAGAACCACCCAGAGUUCAUCUGGAAUGUUGAUGAAACGGGUUUAAUGAUGGAGCACAACCCCCGCCAUGUUAUAUGUAUGAAGGGAACAACACCUCAGGCCAUAACCUCAAACAGGGGGAAAACAGUGACAAUCAUUGCUAGUGGAAGUGCAGCAGGCAUUAGAUUACCGCCAUACUAUGUAUUCCCAGGGAUGAGAUGGAACCAGGACCUUUUGACAGGGGCUUCUCCAGGAUCAGUCGGUACAGUUACAGAGAGCGGAUGGUCUAAUUCUGCUGUGUUUAUGGAAUACCUAGAACAGCACUUCCUUAAGCACGUUUCAACCAAGGAUCAUCCUGUCAUAAUUUUGUUCGACGGCCACAAGUCCCAUGUCAACCUCACACUUUCUACAUGGGGAGAGGCAAACAAUGUGGUAUUCUUUGUGUUGCCACCGCACACCUCGCAUGUAACACAACCCCUUGAUGUAGGUUGCUUUGGACCGCUUAAGAACAUCUACCAUAGUGAGUGCCAGGCUUACAUGCGCAGGAACCCAGGGAUGCAGAUCAACCGCUGCAAUAUAGCAGAAAUCUCCAGCAAGGCAUACAACAAAGGAGUUUGUGCAGAAAAUCUCAUAAGUGCUUUCAAGAAGACUGGUGUGUAUCCUCUACAGCGGACAUCCAUAGGAGCUGCAAAGACUACUCCAUCCACCAUUUACAUUGAAAACAAGGAACAGCCAAUCAGUGAACCUGCUGAGUCUGUAUCAUUCCUUGAAAGAAAAAAAAUCUUGAAAGUGCUUGAGAAAACAAAGGUACCAGAAAGAGGAAGCCUACCAUCAUGGGUGAUAUAUCAUCUCCAUCAAAGAAGUUGCUGA